UGUUUUUUAAAUGUUGUUUCGUGCAUUUUAAGUGCUAACAAGUUGUUGUCUGAUAUUAAUUCAAAGUACAACGUAGGCGGAAUGUUUUUCAGAAAAGCCCCCGGAAGUAAAUGUUAGUCGGACUCGGAAGGGAGAAGCACCUGCUGCAUCCAUGUGAGGUUCUUCACCCAUCUGUAGAUGUUUGGAUUUAGAUGGCCGUGAAGGCUGCAGGCGGCUGGCGUUUGUUGUUCUUGCGCUGACUUGGUUUUGUGGAUUUGGAGCAAUGCGGCGGCUUUACGUCGGCGGGUUGAACCACGCGGUCACCCAGAAGGAUCUGAAGGAUCGGUUUGGAAAGUUCGGAGAGGUGCUGGACGUAGAGCUGCGGACCAGGAGGGACGACGAGGGUGUUCCUUACAAAACCUUCGCCUACAUCAACAUCAACAUUUCUGACGCAGACCUGAAGAAAUGUUUGACGGUUCUCAACAAAUCCAAAUGGAAAGGAGGAACCCUGCAGAUAGAAACAGCCAAGGAGAGUUUCCUCCACAGGUUGGCUCAGGAGCGUCAGGAGGCAGCAGAGCAUCUUCUUCAUAAGUCUUCAGCUGAAGGAAAGAAACAGAAUCUUCUGGACUCAUUGAGCAAAGCUGGAGUGAAAAACUUCACCAUGAAGGCUGCGGUGCCAGGCUCUGAAGUACCAGGACACAAGGACUGGGUGGUCAGUAAAUUCGGUCGGGUCCUUCCUGUGCUGCAGCUUAGGUGUCGGAAAGGCAGUAAAGCUCGAACGGUGAAGUACAACCCGUCAAAAUAUAGCCACAACAUCCGCAGGCUGGACCGGACCAGUCCAGACAAGACCAUGUCAAUCACCCAGCUCACCUGGGGGGUCGAGGGAGGAGAUGAUGACAUCAGUAAGAAGAGGAGGGGUGAGUUCCCCCCAUAUGAGCCAAUCAAACCCAAGAAAACUCGGACAGAUGCAGACGACUCCCAUAACGCUUUCAGCAGAUUCAAGCGGGCCCAGAACUCUGACAGAAACACUGAAGUCCAUCCACUCACCAACGGUUCUGAUCUGCUAACAAAUCACCGAGCAGCUCAGAAGAAAGAAAGGUGGUUUUCUGACAGCGACGCCGACUCAGACGAGGAAAUCCGCAGGCUGGUGGCCGCCCAGCAGAGCUCCCAUGGUGCACUGCAGCAGGAGGCAGAGGACGACAACCUGGAGGUGGUGGGACUCGACUACUUGGUGAAAUCAGGACCCAAAGGAGAUGAGGAAGACUAUGACUCCGCUGGCACAGAUGAACUGUUUGAAUCCAAGAGAAAUGCAGCAGCACCCCCACAGGAGAAACCUUCAUCACCGACAGCCAAACAGUUUUCAGCAAAACGCUCCGACAAGAAGAGACAAACAAAAAGAAAAACACCAUCUGGAGAUGUGUCCUCCAGUAAACCUUCAUCCUCACUGCAGAAAGACAACCCAGCUGCAGUCCACCCUGUAAUAAAACACGCUGCAGAUUCCCACAGUGAUGAGCAUGAUGAAGAGGAGGGAAACUCAUCUGACUCGUCUUCAGAUUUUGAUUUUCCAGCCUUGUUUUCUCCCAGCGUCAGCCAUCUAAGGAUCUCCUUGGCUGAUUUACAGAAGCUGGCUGAGACCAGAGUUCCCAGCAUCCUCGGAUCCGGACUGAAACUGUCCAGCCCCCCGGAGCAACCUGCACCCAAAGAAGCCAUCACGCCCGAUGAGAUCCUUGCCUCCAUCCUGGGAGACGACAGCAGCAGCGACGACGAAGAACAGAAGAAAAAGAGGAAAACAGAAGGUGAAACAUCAACGUCGCUGUGGGUCUCAGAGGGGAACACAGACGAGUGUCGGAGGAGGAAGAGGGAAAACAAACAUGGAGAAACAAAAACAUCAGAAGUUUUCAUAAAUCCACAGUCCGACUCCUCCUCUGGGAGCGAAGAGGAGAAAGAUGAGGAGGAGAAAAUGUCUACAGCAGAGGAUCAGCCUUCAUCCACCAGCUGCUCUGAGGAAGAUGAGCAGGAGGCUGGAGUCGCUCCUUGUCCAGCUCCUGCUCCAUGCAGCGAGUCCUCCUCCUGCGAAGAGGAGGAGGAAGAUCAGGCUCCUCCCCAGUUGGUGUUAGCUGCUGAGGAGGAAGAGGAGCUGCAGAAGAAGGCAAACAUGAGGAGGCUGGCUGCUCUUCAACAGAGACAGAAGGAGGCUGAGGAGCAUAAGAGGCUCAUCCAGGGAGCUCUGGCCAACCUGGAUGCUCCGCCUCCAACCUCUGGGAAACACAUCGUCUUUAGUUCGGAUGAUGACGAAGAAAAGCAGGAGGUGGAGUCAAAGAAGCCUCUGUUCCAGGACAGCCUAUCAGACAACGAAGCCACAGCUGAUGCAGCAGCUGCAGCCAAUCAGAACGCCACACAGCAGGAGGUGCAUCUGAAGCCGUCGGGUCCUCAGCUGUUUGCUGCCAGCGAAGAUGAGGAAGGUGAUGAAGAGGAGGAUGGCAGCAGAUUUGACAUCAGGCCGGAGUUUGAAGGUCGAGCUGGACAGAAGCUGAUGGUGCUACAGUCACGCUUUGGGACAGACGAGCGGUUCCGGAUGGACUCCCGGUUUCUGGAGGAAGAGGAGGAGGAGGAGGAGGAGACAGAAGCUCAGAAGAGUCUGGAGGACGAUGAGGCUCUGGAGGAGGAGAAGAAGAAGAAUCUGACCAUCCUGCAGGGCGUCCUCGGAAGCAGCCUGCAAACCAGCAGCAAGACGGCCGGCAAAGCCAAGAAGUUCAGAGACGCGUCUGCACUGCAUUACGACCCGAGCAAAGAGGAACACGCCGCAUUUGAGACCAAAACAGAUGAAACCAAGAAGGAGAGUAAGGUGACCCGCAGGAAGAAGAGGGAAGAGGCUCAGAAGCUUCCUGAAGUUUCCAAAGAUAUUUAUUUUGAGGUGUCUGGAGACCUGAAGGCUGUGUUUGGACCAAUGAACGAUGGCUCUGCUGAUGGAGAGGAGGAGAAAAACUGGGAUCAGGUUGUUGAAGAAGAGGGAGGAGGAGGAGAACAACAACUGCUGUCCUCCCUCCUGUCAGCUGAUCCCAACACUAUGUCAGAGGAAUCCACUGGGUUCAGAUUUUCCUUCUUUGGAGACGAAUCGGAGGCUGCAAGCGGAGAAACGACCGAGUACAAAGCUGAGAAGAUCCAGGCUCCGAAGGUCUCCUGGCAUCAAGACCCGCGUUUCCAUGACAGCAGCUCUGAGGAGGAGGAGGAGGAAGAGGAGGAAAAGGAAGGGCAAAGCAGCACUGGAGCUAAAAUCACAGAAGAGGAGACCCUUUCCAAGCCUGAUUUCUUCUUCUUCUCUUCUGAUGACCACAGACUGAAAGAUGGGCCCAGGUUGUUCUGUCGGACGUCCCAGCUGGAGGAGCAGAGGGAGCAGUGGCAGGAGAGGAUAAGCACGCUCAGACAGGAGUACCGCAAGAAGCAUAAAGACGCAAGGAGAAAACUGAAGACCUCUCAGAAGAGCUGAGGAUUAUGGGAAGUGAUGUCUUUGUGUUCCAGUGGACUCUUAAAUCUGAGAUGAUGUCUUCUCCGUCCUGACUUUAUGUUCUGCUUCAGCAGGUGUGAGUUAAGCAUGAAGAGUUGUUUGUUUAGUAGCUGCUGAGUUUGAGCUGGCUCUGUGCUGCAGCCAAUCAGCUACAGAGAAACAAAACCAGUUUCUAACUAAAGUAAUAAAGAAACAAAAAAUCUGAAAUAAUAAAACAUGAUGUUUGAAAUUAUUAUGUCAUUAUACUUUUUUACAGUGUUCACCCUUCAUUAAAGUAAUAAACUCAAGUUUUAACUUAA